CAAAAGGAAUGCACUUCCCUCCCACUUUACUGACUCGCAGACAUUGUUUUUCACCGAAAAUUAGCAUACUUUACUUUAACUCUGUAAAUUGUGUUUAAGUAUGGCGAAUGAUGGAAAUUAUAUCGUUUAUCACGGUCUUUUGUGCCCGAAAGAAACUCACUCGUUUGAAAGUUUUAAAUACGCGGAGGAAAUUAAAGUUGAAGAUGAAGAUAUUUUCACAGUGACUUACCCAAAGUCUGGCACCACAUGGAUGCAAGAGAUUGUACCUUUAGUCCUAAAUGGAGGAGACCUUACUCCAGUGCAAACUAUUCCCAACUGGGACCGGGUUCCCUGGCUGGAGGAGACACGAGCAGCCCUAGUUCUGGACCGUCUGCCCUCACCACGGGCAAUGGUCUCUCAUAUGCCCUACCAUCUCAUGCCCCCCUCCUUCUUCCCCUCCAAAGCCAAGAUCAUCUAUGUUACCCGGAACCCAAAAGAUGUUAUGGUGUCAUCAUUUCACUUCCACAAGAUGGCCAGUUUCCUGGAUGACCCUGGGACUUUUGAUGAGUUUCUAAAUAAGUUUCUCUCUGGGCAAGUGUUGUUUGGGAAGUGGACAGACCAUGUGAAAAGCUGGCGAAAUUCAGAUCUGGGAGACAGAAUCCUAUACAUUACCUAUGAAGAAAUGAUCAAGGACCUGCGGGGAGUGCUGGAACGCCUCUCACGGUUCCUUGGUCGGGACCUAAGUGAAGAAACUCUGGAUCGUGUAGCCAACCACUGCUGUUUCAGCAACAUGAAGUUAAAUGCAAUGUCAAACUACUCCCUGGUGCCACAGGAGAUCAUGGAUAGCAGCAAGUCCACCUUCCUUAGAAAAGGGGUUGCUGGAGACUGGAAAAAUCAUUUCAGUCCUGAGCAGGAUUUCAAAUUCACAGCUGUUCUAAAAGAGGAAAUGAACGGAACAAACAUAAAAUUCCCAUGGGAUGAGGAGUGAACAGGUGGAAAUGUACCAACAACGUUUUCUUGACAUUGCAGGCAGUUAGACAGUGGAGAAUUUAAAACAAAUUGACUUUCUAAAUGCAUCCACAGCACAAGUGUAAUGUCACUUAUGCAUUUAUUCCUCAUUAUUAUUUUUCAAUUAUUUAUUUUUCUCUCUCUGCAUUGUUGGGAAGUAAGCAUUUCAGUAUUAGUCUACACCUGUUGUUUAUGAAACAUGUGACAAAUAAAAUUAGAAAUGGUCCAAAAGUCCUGCUGCCACAGGAA